UGUGCGUAUGUUUUGGUGUAUUUAAAGAUGGCUGAUCUCUUGCCGUGUUGUCGUUACGGUGGUCGCUGGUGAGGGACAAACACGGGCGCAGCACAGACAACAACAACAGCAAUAAGCGCCGAGGUGCACCCCACGACGCAAGCAAACUUUUUGUUUGUUGUGUGUGGACGGGUGUGGGUGAAAUUCCUUGAGAAGAAACCGAAAGUCUGUGGCAAGCCUGGCAGGUGACUCUUUCAGAGCCGCCACCACCUUCUCUGAGGUGGUGGCGCCGUUGAAGGACUUCACCAACCCUUAAUUCGUCUCAUAAUCCCCAUCUCUCUCCACAUAUAUAUAUAUAUAUAUAUAUCUUAUAUAUAUACAGUCAAAGGAAAAUACCAGCGGAUGAGGAGCGGUGGUGGCGUCGGCGGCGGCGGCAUGUUUCUUCCUCUUCAACACCGACCUCUGGGUUCAUGGCAUCAAGUGAAACUUUAUAACGCCUGCAAAGCCAAUUUAGAAUUUAUACAACGAUUGAAAUUGGAAAGAAAACUUGAAUUUCACAGUGGCUGUGUAAACACGAUAUGUUGGAAUGAUACUGGACAAUAUAUUCUGUCAGGUUCCGAUGAUCAAUAUUUGGUUGUUACCAAUCCCUUUGAUGGCAAAAAAGUGGCAUCCAUCCGAUCAGGUCACCGAGCCAACAUCUUUAGUGCAAAGUUUUUACCAAAUUCUCAAGACAAAGAGGUGAUCUCUUGUUCGGGUGAUGGGAAAAUAUUCUACACCCAUGUCGACCGAGAAGACACUUAUGGCACCCAUUGCUUUGACUGUCACUUUGGUACCACUUAUGAGGUUGUGGUUGUACCCAAUGAAGCUUCCACCUUCCUCUCUUGUGGAGAAGACUGCACUGUUCGAUGGUUUGAUCUCCGUAUGAAAAACAAGUGCCAUAAAGAUGAUUGCCGAGAUGAUGUUAUGUUAUUUUGUCAACGUGCUGUAACAUCAAUGGCUAUCAACCCGAUGGUCCCUUAUGAGCUGGGUAUAGCCUUGUCUGAUAGCACAGUGCUGAUGUUUGACCGCAGGAUGUUGGGAACCAGAGCUACCGGAAACUACACAAACAAAUUCACCACGGGGUUAACCUGUAGGUUCUCAGCUUCUACCCUGAAAAACCGAAACUAUCGCAUCACCUCCCUCUGUUACAGUCCGGACGGCAAGGAGAUGCUUGUUAGUUAUUCCUCUGAGUACAUUUAUUUAUUCAAGACUAGGGGUGAUGAAGGGAGAAGUACUUGUUUGAUGUCCGAAGGUCUCUCCUGUGACAACGGGAACAGGCAGCCGCCCAUUAAGAGGUUACGUCUACGUGGUGAUUGGUCAGACACUGGGCCAAAUGCAAGGCCAGAAAGAGAACGGCAAUCUGGCGAAGGUCAACAAAGUCCUCGUACAACCAUAAUGCAGAGAAUGUCUGAUAUGUUGACUCGAUGGUUGGAUGGAAGUCUCCGAAACAACAAUGAAAACGAGCAGCCUGCCAGUGGCUUGAAUGAAGGGGAUUCCGCUAAUAAUCCUACUGAAUCUGGGGUGAAAUUAGCCACAACAUCAACAUCCAUGUCCGCUUCAGCGUCAACGGCAUCGACAUCAUCUGACCGUCCUGCCGAAGGGCAAAGAGACAUGACUUGCGAAGGGUCCCCUGCUGCAGCCCCUCUUGUUGAAGGUGAUCUCGGUCAGAUGCCAGCAAAAGUGAUGCAAGUAAUAAGGGAUAAUAUUAACCCUUUUCGGUCAUUGGAAUCUCCCUCAGCUUCUGCUGCUUCCACUGAUGUCUCCAAUAAUCAGGGGACUUCUUUAAAAACUGGGAAAACUCCAAGAGCAGACAAAAGCACUUUACAAUCUCCUCUCUGUCUGAAACCUAACAAUUCUACGGACUGUCGCUACCCUAAUCCUACCUCAAAAACUAGUGCUCAGUUCUCUUUAAACACUCCUGUGUCAGUGUUACCUUCCAAGCUCUCUUUAAUCUCCUCUAACGAUAGCAAUAACGAUGCCAAGAACCAGCUGUGGGGUUCUUUGGAGAAAGAAAACCAUCCAGAAGAAACUUCUGCAAAUAAUUUUAUAAGUUUACCAAAUUCUAGUAAAAGUAAUUUACCAAUAUCUGAAAGCCGAGAAGCAGUGAUGCCAGGUCAUGUUUUAGCUGAUGAUGCUGGAGCUGUUGAAGCUGAUGGACAGAACGAAAGUUCAUUAGGACUUUCUCACAAGUUAAAUACUUCUUUAAACUCUAUUGAUGAACAACAACAGCCUCACAUAAGCCGAGAGGAUCAUCCUUCUCCUUCGUCUUUAUCUAUAACUAAUUUAUCUACGUUUUUCUCUUCUUCAGUUUCUUUGCCUUCUCCUUCCACCCACACCACAACUGCCACAUCCAACACAACCACUGCUACCACCUCAAAUACAACUACUACUACUUCCACCACCACUAUCAUCACCACUGCCAGCAACUCCACUGCCGCCACCACCACCACCACCACCACCACCACCACCACCACUCAUUCAACAACAGCACAGAUGUCUUCAAUGGAAUCCUCAUCUAGUACGUCCCUCUCCCCGCUCCAAUCCUAUCUUCAACCCGUUCGCAUAGAGCCUGUGAUAAGUCUUCAUUAUGAAACGGAAGGAACCUCGAGUAGCACCAUUCGUGUUGGGUUUGCUGCAUUUGAAAACCUGGAAGCUGGCAUUCUGGAACGAAGUGCCGAGAACGCAUCGCUAAACCAGCUGAACACUUCGACCAUGCCCGGCCAACUGGGUGUGGCAGCCUCUGAUAAUUCGGGUUCCACUUCAAUGGAAAUUGAAAAACCUAGUGGAACUAAAGAGUUGAAUGCUACGUCUUCAGCGAACCAUGAAUCUCCUGCAAGUCUUUCCUCACAUUUUUGUAACCAAGCUCAAGUUGUUACUAACAGUGACCCUCCGGCCCCUUCUUUGUUUGGGAGUUGCGAGGGGAAGACUGAAGACGUCGAUGACUGUGAUCCUCUUCCAAAAUGUGAUAUUAAACAAACGGCAGAACCAAUUCCUCUCCCGAGUGGGGAGGACAGUUGUUCCAUGUCCUUCGCAACUGAAACAGAAGGAAAUGACAGCAAGAGCUCUUCCCACUCCACAUGUGGCCAGCCGGUGAAGCGGGGUGAGAACUCCUCGGAUCAGCUGGCUUCUCAAAAUCCUGUUUGCAACAAUGAAGGAAUGCUCGUUUCUACUGACUCCGAUUCUAAAGACCAUUCAAUGAGACUUUCCACCAGCAAUAAUGAUUCAGAUCAAGCCUGCGGAAGUUCGAGCAAUUUCCCCACAGCAACAACUUCAGCUGAGAACGUAACCAAUGAAGAAGAGAGCAGUGAUGAAGAGUUUGUGUUCAGACCAACUCAGAGUGGGAGUAGCACACGAUGUGAUGGCGGCAACAGCAGUGGAAGCAGCAGCAGUGAAACGAAAAGAAAUAUUGCCAAAGCAAAACUUCAAGAAUAUUACCGUCGAAAGAAGGAAGAACGACUCAAAGAAGAACAAGAAGCAAUGAACAGGGUAUUCCAAGCAUCGAUUAAGACCAAAUUCAAGGGUCACCGGAAUGCAAGAACUAUGAUCAAAGAAGCAAAUUUCUGGAGUGAUCAAUUUGUAAUGAGUGGGUCAGAUUGUGGCCAUAUCUUCUUCUGGGAUCGUUACACUGGACGUCUGGCGAUGUUAUUAGAGGCUGACCGUCAUGUGGUCAACUGUCUGCAGCCCCAUCCAUUUUAUCCAAUUUUAGCAUCAAGUGGCAUAGACUAUGACAUCAAGAUCUGGCAGCCUUUGGAAGAACAUCCAAAUUUUGAUGAAGUUAAAGCCGAAGAGAUUAUGCAUCGGAAUGAAAUAAUGUUGGAUGAAACGCGAGACACAAUAACGGUACCAGCUGCAUUUAUGCUGCGUGUUUUGGCAUCUCUCAAUCAAAUUCGUUCUGGUCGGGCAUCAGGACGAGAAGAUCAAAAUUCUUCACGAAGAGAUACUGGUGAUAGCGAGAGUGAAGAAUAAAAUGCAAACCUCUUCUGCCAAUCAAUGUCUUUCAGUUGAAUUCUUCAAGGACUGGAAAAUCCUCACCAAUCAUCACUGUCUUUUUUUUUUUUUUUUUAUUCAACUAAUUUUCUAUGAUUCUUCUUUCCACCUGUCUGUCCAUAUUUGGUGACAACAAAUAAGAACAAAAGAAAAACUGUUUUAAACUGAAAGCUGACAGUUGUCAGAACUGUAAAAUAGUUGAAAACUGUAGCUACAAUACUAAACUCCUCUCUAUUUAGCUGUUAUUUUUUUUUUAUUACAAAGGAUCUGUUUUCUUUUUUUUUUAAUCACUAUUAUUAUUACUACUAUUAUCAUUAAAAACACAAUCACUAUUAUUAUUAUUAUUAUUAUUAUAAUUUUUACAGUGAUGGAUAUAAAAAUUUCAAGGACUUCAGAGUGGGUUUGAGUGAUAUUUUUGCCCUUUCACAUAAUUGGUAGUUCCUGUUUGAUUUAUAUUUUUAUUAUUUUUCUAACACAGACCUCUUUGUUUUUUGAAGGACUUUUCUUCAGUUUCUGUUUGAUCUUAGACUCAGUUUUUAGCAGCUGUGUUCCAUCAGUGUUUUGAUGCUUAUGUUUCCCAGCUGAGGAAUAUCACUAAAACAAUAUAUCAAUUGACAAAGGAAAGUUGUUUUUCUCCAAGACUUUUUGCUACAUUUUUGUUAAUACUCUCUGUUUUUGUUAUCAAAUGACAAAUUUUAACCUCGGUACCUCUUCAAACCAGCUCUAGAUUUAGUUUAUUUUUCUUUAAAAAAAA